CACAGUAGGCUACUUGUGGAGAAACCUUGUGUAGGCUAAACCUCAACUAUGCUGUAGUCAGUUGUUUUGUCUAGAAAGUAUAGUGCACUAACUUUUAAAAACGUGAGUAAUUAAUUUUCUCAGAAUCAUCCCUAAACGGUGCGUAAUUGUGUUUCAAUUCCCAAGAUAAUGUAAAGUGCGCAAUGGCUCUAAAUGAAGUUAUGAGAAUCACAUGGAUAUAUGGGAGACUUUCGAUGCCGGUAUCUGCGCUGUGUGCUGGGCUAAUUGGAAAUUUCAUUGGAAGUAUUAGUUGGAAAAACGCUUCCUGUAAGUGCGUAUCGCAGAGAUAAAUGGAGUAACGGAAAGGAGGGGUGCGCAGAGGACUUCACACGGCGUGCAAGUGAUGGUCAGUCAACUCAAGUGGACUUUUCGCUUCAGGAGUGCCAAUUAUGUGUCUUAUUAUUAUCACAGACACGGCGCAGUAACCCACAGGGGACAGUUCACGACGUCUGCGAGACAGAAUAAAAAGUGAGCUGAUCCGCUCCUUCAGUGAGGACGCACCCAGGACUUGAGCACCGGACCUUUCAGCGGUUUGUCAACCCUCUCCCUGUUGGCCGGUGUUUAGAGGAUGGGCACAGACGCUCAGCGAAUACUCAUAUGACUUCUGAUGCUCCAUUUUUAAAUACAGAAGAGAAGACUCUAAUGGGACAUACUUCGGACCGGACAGGAACAGGAUCCUAAAGUUGCGCACAGUUCAUUAUUUCUAUUUUCAUAAUUGUUGGACACACGGAACGUAUUCAUCCAGUAACCUAUUUGAAAACGCUUUAUCGGCCUGAAGGUCUCCGGUUCAACUUUUUCCCCACAGGCGUUGGAGAAGGACUUGACUUUUUUCUCUCUCCACGGAAGCUAUGAGCGGUCUGCGUAAACACGUAACUAUGGCAUUGGUGCUACUGAUGUGCGCGCUGACCGGCCACAGCAGCGAGAGCGCGCCCUCGGCAGCACUGGAGUCGGCUACAGGCGGCAGGGACGCGCAGCAGGACUGGAGGCGGAUGGUAGAGAUCGUGAAACACGUGGAGGACAACCGGGGUCGCCACAGUGCCAAAACGGCAGCCCCGUUAACAGCGAGGAGUCCUGCGGUGGAACAAAAUGAUUUACGCAAACUGAAAACAGACAGAGGGGAUCAGACUGUCGGCGUAUUCCCCAGAGAUCUCAGAAAGAAGGAGAAAUUCCUAAAACAUAUAACAGGUCCGCUUUACUUCGGUCCAAAGUGCAGGAAGCACGUGUACAGACUCUACCACCACACCAGAGACUGCACGAUACCUGCAUACUUCAAAAGAUGUGCGCGGCUUCUCACAAGACUAGCUGGCAGCCGGCAGUGCACAGAGGGGUAGCACACACAAGGUUGAAACCAAAACACAAGUUCUUCACAAGAAAAGAAAACGUGGGGUGAAAAAGUGCCUUGGACAGUGAAAGGGAAGCUAACAAUUCUCUGACCAGCCCCAACUGACAUUAGGGACAGUAUGCCCUUCAGAGAGACCUGCACUUCUAAGGAGUGGAUUAUUGCUUCCCGUCGCUCUGCCUGGGCCCCGAUGGUCGGGUGCCACCAUGAGGGAGGCAACCAGCCAACUAAACCACAUCCAAAAAGAUGUUGCUGAAACAAAACAAAAAGGGAUUACAUAUUUUUAUUUUGGUCAUUUCUUUAAGAAAAGAGCAAAAUCCAAAUGAUCUGUUUUUCGUUUGCUCUGUAGGGGUGUUGUGGGUUCGAGCCCAUCUCUUCUACUGCACUGCCUAUUACGCAGAGAAAUCGCUGACCCCCGGCAUCAGCAUAGUUUAUCCCAUUUGUGCUCACACUGAGAAACACUUGUGAUUACAUUAUUCAUUGCAUGAGCAUUUCUCUGGGUCUUUGCAAGACAUGGUAAAAAAGGAAGUGGUGGUUGUAAGUUGCAGCCCUCCUGUGGAUCUUGGUAGAGCGUGGUAAAGUCUAUAUUUAUAUUUUUGAGUUGUCACGAGGUUUCAUUGUACAUACUAUUGGCCAUAUGAAACAAGAGAAAUAUGUAUAUACUGUAAAGCAAAGCAUAAGAGGAAUCCACCUAUCUACCGGAAAUUAAAGUGGCUGGCAUUUAUCAAAUGGCUGUUAAAUACAUAUAUAUCUAAAAAUGAAAUAUAUUUAAAUAAAUUAUAAGA